GUCUCAAGCCAAUCUAUCACCUGCUACAUCUCUGCCGCUGCUGGCCAGCUGCGAUGGCCGGCUGCUUCUUGGCGACGACGAUCACGCCGACGAUCAGUCGCGCUGUCGUCGGCCUCGUCAUCAUCUCCUUCUCCGUAGUCGUUUGCUGCCUCCCCGUCGCCGCCGCCUUGUCCUUCAACUACUCCGCCUUCUCCCCAAAAAUGCAAAACAGCAUCAUCAGAUGCGAAGGCGACGCCUACAUCAACAACGGCGACGGGUGGAUCGAGGUGACCGCCAACAGGAUGAGCGGCAUCGGCGGCAGCCGCGGCCGCGCGUCGUACGGCGCCGAGCCGGUGCGCCUCUGGGACGGGGACACCGGCGAGGUGGCCAGCUUUACCACGCGCUUCUCCUUCGUCAUCAACCCGCCGCCGCCGCUGGGAAUCAACAACAAGGGCACCGGCAUGGCCUUCUUCCUCGCCGCCUACCCGUCCAGCCUCCCGGCGGUGUCCGCGGCCUACAACAUGGGCCUCACCAACCAGGCCCCCGACGCCGUGGCCGCCGGCGAUGCCCGGUUCGUGGCGGUGGAGUUCGACACCUUCAACGACACCGCCGCGCUGGACCCCGACAAGACCUACGACCACGUCGGGAUCGACGUCAACUCCAUCAGGUCGGUGGGCACGCUGAGCCUGGACAGCUUCAGCCUCGUCGGGAACCUGACCGCCGAGAUCACGUACGACAACGUCUCCAGCGUCCUGGCGUUGAAGCUAUGGCUGAGCACCGGAGAUGGAACGGACGGCUUGCCGUCGUACGACCUUAGCCAUAAGGUUGACCUCAAGAGCGCGUUGCCGGAGAACGUCUCCGUCGGCUUCUCCGGCUCGACGUCCACAUCCAUCGAGCUGCAUCAGCUGCGUUCCUGGUACUUCAGCUCGUCACUUGAGCCCAAAGCACCUCUGCCGCCGCCGCCGCCGCCAAUACUUCCUCCUCCUCCUCCGCCGCCGCCUUCUUCCUCGACGACCCCGAGCACCUCCGGUCCCGGAUACGGUGGAGUUAUAGCGGGAGCCACCGUCGGCGCGGCGCUGUUCCUCGUGGUCGCCAUGGCCGCAGCUCUGCUCCUCGCACGGCGGCGCCGGAGGAAGAACAGGGAGCUGGAGGAGAACAUUGGCGGCGGCACGGACGACGGCGACGAUGCCGACAUCGAGAUGGGGACGACGGGGCCGAGGCGGUUCCCGUACCACGAGCUCGUCGACGCGACGAGGGGCUUCGCGCCGGACGAGAAGCUCGGGCAGGGCGGCUUCGGCUCGGUGUAUCGCGGGUUCCUGCGCGAGCAGGGCGGCCUCGCCGUCGCCAUCAAGAGGUUCGCCAAAGGCUCCUCCCUGCAAGGGCGGAGGGAGUACCGGUCGGAGAUCAAGGUGAUCAGCCGGCUCCGCCACCGGAACCUGGUGCAGCUCGUCGGCUGGUGCCACGGCCGCGACGAGCUCCUCCUCGUCUAUGAGCUCGUGCCCAACCGCAGCCUCGACGUCCACCUCCACGGCGGCAAUGGUGGCACCUUCCUGACGUGGCCGAUGAGGGUCAAGGUCGUCCUCGGGCUCGGCUCCGCGCUGCUCUACCUCCACGAGUGGUCGCAGUGCGUCGUGCACCGCGACGUGAAGCCCAGCAACGUGAUGCUGGACGAGUCCUUCGACGCCAAGCUCGGCGACUUCGGGCUCGCGAGGCUUAUCGACCACGCCGUCGGGAUGCAGACCAUGACCUCCGUCUCCGGCACGCCGGGCUACGUCGACCCGGAGUGCCUCAUCACCGGCUGGGCCAGCGCCGAGUCCGACGUCUACAGCUUCGGCGUCGUCGUGCUGGAGGUCGCAUGCGGGAGGAGGCCGAUGAGCCUGCUGGCCGGCGGCGCCGUGUUCCGGCUGGUGGAGUGGGCGUGGGAGCUAUACGGCCGGGGGGACACGCUGGCGGCGGCCGACGAGCGGCUCAAAGGCGAGUUCGACGCGGCGGAGGUGGAGCGCGUCGUGGCCGUCGGGCUCUGGUGCGCGCACCCGGACCCGCGUGCGCGGCCGUCCAUCAGGGCCGCCAUGGUCGCCCUGCAGCCCGGCGGUCCUGUGCCGGCGCUUCCUCCCAGGAUGCCCGUGCCGACGUACGCGGCGCCGGUGGCCCCGCCGGAGGGCCUCUUCUCCUCUACCGGCAGUAUGGCGAUGACGUCAUCCGGUUUGACUCAGUCGUCAACAACGACGACUACGACUCAGACCUCUUGUUCCUCCGACGCGUCGGCCACGUCAGCCGGUAUCAAGGACUCGUCGUCGCUGCUCAAACAUCAGUACUAAGCUGAUUCCAACAGUGGGUCUGCAGCCCCAGCCCGCAGCCACAGCCACAUCAGCGCCACAUCAGCUCUCGCCAGCCCACUCGACCCCAGCGCUCCAUCAGUGAGCCUGCAGCCUCAGCCCACAGCCACGUCAGCGCCACGUCAGCUUUUCCAUUCCAGACUUAACCAUUUCAGAACGCGUUCUUUUAUAAUUUAAAUGGACACAAUAACCUCAUUUUAUUAAAUUUAAAAAUUCGGAAAUUACAUAAAAAUUCGAAAUAAAAAUUACACGACAAUUUAAAAUAAAAAAAAUUACAUAAGAAUAAAAAAAUUACAUAAAUCUAAUGAUGAUUUUUGUUCCAAACAUGCUCAAUCAAAUCCCUCUGAAGCUGUGAAUAUACUUGCCCUGAUGUCAUCGCGGCCUCUCUCUGAAGGCGAAUUGCUAGACUCGGCGGUGCGUUGUAGUGGAUCGCUGGUCCGACGAAAGAAGUGACAGUCUCAUAGUUUUCGUCAAACGAUCCGCCUCGCUCGUCAUCGAUGAUCAUGUUGUGCAAAAUAAUGCAAGCACGCAUGAUCAACCCAAGAGUACGUUGAGAGUAAGAACGUCCGGGAAUGGCGAGUAUGUUGAACCUCUUCUUCAAUAUCCCGAAUGCACACUCAACAUCUUUCCGCACUGAUGCUUGCUGCUCUGAAAAAAAGCGAUGCUUCUCCAGUUGUGGAAGAGGCACGCCCUUCA